UUGAAGGAGGAGAGAUAGUAUUCAGUAUAUGGAGGGAUUCCCCUGUCCUUCUUUGGGGACAGCUUGAUCUGAGGAAGUGCUCUUAACAUGCCUCCUGGGAAGGUGGGCCACAAGGAAGCCUUGGUCCUGCAGUGUGAGUGGGACAUUUGCAGCUUUGUGGCCUCAAAGAUGGAGGAGUUCUGUGAACAUGUGUCAAAGCACUUGCAGCAGCAUCUCCGGGACAAAGAUGAGGAUGAUGAAGUGGAUUCUCUCGAAGAAUACUCCUGCCUUUGGCAGGAGUGUGGAUUCUGUUCUCCCGAGAGCCCUGCAGAGCUGGUCCGCCAUGUUUACUUCCAUUGUUACCACACCAAGCUAAAGCAGUGGGGACUACUCGCCUUACAGAGCCAGUCAGACCUAACCCCCUGUCAGUUGGACUUCCAGAGUCGCAACAUUAUCCCCGAGAUCCAAGAGAACUUCCUCUGCCUCUGGGAGUACUGUGAGAGAGCGUUUGAUAACCCCGAGUGGUUCUACAGGCAUGUGGAAGAUCACAGUUUCUGCACAGAGUACAAGGCAAUUGGGAAGGAGAACCACAUGUUCUUCUGUGGCUGGAAAGAUUGUGACUGCGCCUUCAAAGGCCGGUGUAAGUUGCGCGAACACCUGCGCAGCCACACGCAGGAGAAGGUGGUGGCAUGUCCCACCUGCGGCGGGAUGUUCUCCAACAACACCAAGUUCUUUGACCACAUCCGCCGGCAGACAGCUUUAGAACAGCAGCGAUUCCAGUGCUCCCACUGCUCCAAGAGGUUCGCCACAGAGAGGUUGUUGCGUGAUCAUAUGAGGAAUCAUGUCAACCACUACAAGUGCCCUCUGUGUGACAUGACCUGCCCUCUGCCCUCCUCCCUGCGCAACCACAUCCGCUUCCGGCACAGCGAGGAGCGACCCUUCAAGUGCAAUUAUUGUGACCACAGCUGUAAGAAUCUCAUUGAUCUACGGAAGCACUUGGAUACACACAGCAAAGAGCCGGCCUACCGCUGCGAGUUCGAGUCCUGCAACUUCAGCGCCCGGUCCCUCUGCUCCAUCAAGCUGCACUACAAGAAGGUUCAUGAGGGUGACUCGGAGCCGCGCUACAAGUGCCAUGUCUGUGACAAGUGCUUCACUCGUGGGAACAACCUUACUGUGCACCUCAGGAAAAAACACCAAUUCAAGUGGCCUUCGGGUCAUCCUCGCUUCAGGUACAAGGAACACGAGGACGGCUACAUGAGGCUGCAGCUGGUGCGUUAUGAAAGUGUUGAACUGACAGAGCAGCUGCUGAAGGACCGGGAGAAGCAGGGCGAUGUCCUGGACGACACAGCCCAGUGUGUGGUGCUGGCGGGGGCCGAGGGCAGCUUGCAGGGCAUCAUACUGGAGCCAUCAAUGGAGGAAGACGCUGAUGUGGACUUGCAAGCUGCCACGUCCCCCCAGGGGCCUGCUCAGCCAGAGGCUGAUGCGUCACCAGACCAAGAAGCAAGUGCUCCGUCCAGCCCCAUCAUCCGCGUUGUGAACAGGACCAAUGAGCGUGGGGAGAGCGAGACUGUAUACUACGUCAUGGCCAAUGCACCUUCUCAGAGCCGGGCAGCUGUGCCUAGUGGGUUUGCCACAGACCUGGAGGAGAACGUCAUGGACAGGCUUCAGAAAACAGCUGAGGAACUGGGCAUCCAGAUUGUGUGAGGCUCUUGGAUGGAUUAUCAGGUCCUUUCCACCAAUCCCAGUAGGUGGCCUGGAGUCAUGAAUGCCAUGCUUUGGCUCCCUGUGCUCCUCUAAUGCACAUCGUGAGAACCAGAUGAUGAGAAGGGGGCUGUUUGUUUCUCCCCACCCAUCAAGCAGUACUCCAUAGACUUCAGACGCAACAGAUGCUUCCUCUUUUCUCCUGCCAUGGGGAUCUGGUGGGUGGUCUGGCAAAAGGAAGAAGGAAGCCACCUUCUGAGAUGGUCAGGACAGAGGGCGGGGGCUGGUUCACCUGUCAGUUACUUAGGAAGGCGAGGGCGGCGACUGCCUCUGGUGUACCCUGUGCUGUGGAGACCAUCCUGGGAAUGCAAAAUAUCAUGGGUGAGUCAAAGCAGUGGGUUUUCCAAGACGCCAACUCAUGCUCCUUACCUUGAUGGUUACCAGUGUCCCUGCCAGAAGUUUUUACAUUUCCUUUGGCUGCAUCCUGGCCAGCCUCUUUCCUUACUGUGAGCCCCACAUUCGGACUCUGUAGUUCUUUCGUAUGCCUCUUGCCCAGGCUUCCCCAAACUUCGGCCCUCCAGAUUUUUUGGACUACAAUUCCCAUCACCCCUGACCACUGGUCUUCUUAGCUAGGGAUCAUGGGAGUUGUAGGCCAAAACAUCUGGAGGGCCGCAGUUUGGGGGUGCCUGCUCUUGCCUCUCAACUGUUGGUACCCCUGCCUUUUGAGAUGCUUUCUGCUAUCCCGUUUGCCCAGCAUACAUAGUAAUACCUGAUGCAGUCUCCAUCCCUUCCAGACUGUUCUGCAUUUGAGAGUUCCAAGAGAGUUCCAGCACUGUUAUCUCAUAAGCUCUUCUGUUUGCUCCGGAGUGUGAGAUUUUGAAACCAUGUUAUUCCCAGCUGCUACUCCAGUUAGUUGCUUACUGCCUUUUUUGUCAUUGGCAUGACCUCCGCUUGCGUUAUCUUUGUAGCAUGGGAGCCACUUGGGUAACCUAGAAAGCUGCAGGCUUUCAUGUUACCUGAGCAGUGCAGGAAGCAGUGUGUUGCAGUGGCUCCCACAACACAGAGAGGCAGAGCAGAACAAAACAGGGUGCUAAUUCUUGCCCUGAGGUCCUUCCCCCACAUUGGGGUUCCGGCUCCUGGCUUGCAAGGUUUGUGUUACAAAAUAAUAAUAAUUAAAGAACAACAACAUUACCAGGUCUUGUGGUAGACAUGAUGUUUGCUGUAAUCUGUCCUAGAGGUGCAUGUGAUUGGGUCAGAUUUGAGACAGGUAGCAGUUCAAGAGCCCAAAUCCUUGAGUCAGUGGCCAGGGUGGGGUGGCUGCCACAACUGAUGAACGGCGUGGAGCUGCAUGAAGACUUGGAGAUGGGUUUUGUGGUCAUGCUUGGCGUCGUGAUUCAUUAUUACAUGGUAUCAAAUGUAGCGCUAUAUGAUCAUUCUGUUAAUGCAAGCAUUCAAGCUCAUGUAAUGCAACUCCCCCCUGCUCUCGUCUUCCAGUGCUCUCCCAACAUCUGCUCUGGAGGGUUGGGGGGAAACCCAGAACAGAUCUAGGGGCUGUACGGGGGGGAAGGUUCCACUGUGCAAAUAUAAAUCCUUGUGCUGGCGUGACAAGUUUGUUGAAUACCGCCCAUUAAUAUAUAUUUUUCCUGCUCUUCGUAAGGUUCCAAGGGCAGGCCACAUCAAUUUAAAAUACAUCAUUAAAAACCGUUUAAAAACAAAUGGCCGUAUUGCAGCCAGGCAGAAGUUUCUGCUCCAGUAGGGAUGGCUUCUCUAAAAGUGGGGUAUGGGGAGGUUGCCUUCCUCGGCUGCAUGCAGCUGGGUUCACUUCCUGCCUCAUCUGGAUUCAUUUUCUCUGCCAACACCUGCCAUGGUGUCACCUGGUCAGGGGUUCACAAAUUUUGGCUGGGUUCAGUAGCCAACCAUUUUUGUUGUAGCUACCCUUCCACCCUUCCACACAAAGUGAUUGGGUGAGAAAUGGCAACUUGUCUCUGGCAUUGACCUGAAGCAGCAAGACUUGUCCUCGCUCCUCUGACCCAGCAUGAGGUCAAAGACAAAUUCCUGCUCAUCUCUCCCUUCCUGCAGGACCAAGCAGCUGCCAGCAUCAAAGAUCUACCCACUCCUGAGAACCCCGUUGCUGCCCAUUGUAUCUAUAUUUUGCGGCCUGGAUUAUAUCUUUGUUGAGGGUGGAAAGGCAGGUUCCUGCCUUGUAAAUGGGGUCCCAAAGUGCUGGCAGGUGAUUUUCCAGUACCCCCAAGGUACCCAUAUGAUGACUCCAGAGAUCCUCUACGCAGGGGUGGGGAACUUCUGAUUUGGGAGCUGGAUACAGUGCUCCAGGUCUGGGGACUCCGCUCAGGCCAUGCUUGCCACAGACCUGGCCCUCUGUGCUUUUGCCUGACUGGAAUAUGUCCUUGACCUGUGAUGAAACCUAUUGCUUGCCUGGAUGGAGGAUGGCAGAUGUGUGCACAUGAAUCUGACACUUGUGUGGUUGAAACAUAGCUGGCUGCGCAAAGGCAAGAGUCAUAUCUGUUGCUUUUUCCUUGGGCCACACCCAUUAUUAGUGCUGACCCCACCCACUGAUGCCUCUGGGAGGUUUCCCAAGGGGGGAAGUGGUUCACGGGCCUAAAAAGGUCCCUCUACUUUAGCCUCAUGAUGGGUACCUGAAGCCUGGGAAAGAAAGGGCUGAAAAUUUGUAAAAUGUCUUUUGCAUCUGCUUGCUAUUCCCCUUCAGCCUUAAUCUGGGAUAUAUCUUGAACAGCUGCUUCUGUUUGCUGCACAUUCCCAGUGCAGGCUCUUAAUCCAGGGCUUGGCUUUCUAGAUUUUGUCCCAGGAAACUCUGGACCAAGGUUCCUGCAAUAUAACUCGCACUUGGAAAGUUGACUCUCCCUCCCUCCCUUCGCCUUAAGAUAGUCACCUAGAAAUGACAGACUGGGGCAGCUAUCUGGGGCAGUAUUUACACUUUCCCAGGUUCCCCCUUUUAAAAACAGUCCAUUACACACACAGAGAGAGACACACACAGCCAAUAUCCUUAGGAGACCCUCCUGUAAUCUCCUUACCCAUCCCUUUAUGGAGCUUGUCUUGCAAAGAAGCUGCCUUCUGUUCCAGAGGUUAUCCCAGGUUGCUUUCUUUGAAAUGCUUCCUCUCUGUAGUGUCUUGUGACAUUUUCACAUGCAACAGCCCUGUAAGGUAGGUUUAAGGCAGCUGAUAGGACAUGAUUUGCUCAAAAGCCACCCAGUGCUAGGUCUCCAUACCCCAAAUUCUAUCCAGUGUGUCUCACCAUUCUCUGUGGUCCCCAAACCUUUCCCACUCCCCCACACUGACUACUUGAAAAUGGCUGGUUUAGGAAAGCAUCUAUGUUUGGUGCUCCCGUAUGAGAUUCCAGGACUUGUGGUAUCAUAAGGUUUUUGGAAGAGAGAGGAAAAAUAAUCGCUCUUGCUGCUGUGGGAUUAUCUGUGGCAUGGAGAGGCUGUGUGAGGCGGGGAGGGUUUGUGGAGGGAUUAAUGGAAGCUUCCCAACCUCCCCCUGCGCUGCACAGUAUCUUGGAAAAAAAGAAGUGAAGGCGAUUUUCUCUGCAGUUUGAAUGGAUCUGGGCUGCUGCAAGGCCCUCUGACGAUCAGUUCAAUUUUGCCAUGCCCACGGGGGCAGAUGAAAAAACUUAUUCCCCAAAUUCCACCUCUCCCUUUGAAGCCACUGAAAAGCUGUCCCCUGGCGGGGUGCCAGCCCUGCUAUAUCCACCAUGGCACAGAUGAUUCUCUUCUUCCUCCUUUUCUUCUGCGAGUUCUUCUCGGGCAAGGAGUUGGAAGGUAAGUCACAGGGAACCAAGGUACAAGGUAAGGGCUGAGCGUCCUCCUUCUUGGUAUUGGAAGCUUCAUCCAUGCUAAAGUAGCUCUUUGGGUUACGAGGCAAUGGUUUCUGGGUCAGCGGCUGCAGAAGGAGUGGAGAGUCUUACAAGUCAGUUGCGCAAAUAAAGUUUCCAACUCAUGGUGCAUAGUUAACUGAUCCAGGUAACCCCUGGUUUAUAUUUCACUCUGCCAGAAACUAGUUGGCUGACCUUGGAUAAACUACAAUCUAUCUGAGCCUCAGUUACACAUCUGUAAAAUGGGGAAAAGAAUACUGACCUUUUAAUUGUAGUUCAAGGGAAAGAUGAUGAUAGAAGUUUACACACACAAAAUCCUAUAUAGCGAAUUUUUAAAAAGAAGACAAAAUACUGAUACAUUUUUAUAGGGUGGCUAAGUUUGCAGUCUUAUUUGAUUACUUGGGAGCAAGCCACAUUGAACUCAAUGGGAGAUGGAUAGGCUUGUCCUGUAAAAAAGGAUUAUCAAGAUAAUAAAUGCUCUGCUUGUUUUGAUGCUAAAAGCCAUUGUUGUUUAUUGUGCUGUGUAAUUCCAGGAACUUAAACUAAGAUUAAACAGUUCACAAGUUUGAAAUUUGAAAAAUUUGCAACUUUAUUUUUUUCUGAUGUCAAGUUUAAAUCUUGAGAGAUUUCUUUCUUUCUUUUUAAAGACCUCUUGGCCAAACAUCAAGGCAACCUUCGUAAAUCUAGUGUCCUCCAAAUGUUUUGGACUACAACUCCCAUCAACCUCUGCCAGCAAUGUUGUGGGACACUUUGCAGACCCUAAAGUAGGAAAGUAGCAAACUCCUAUUUAAACAGAUAAAUAAAUGAAAUGUUAUGACACUAAAUAAAAUAAUUCCUUCCAGUAACACCUUAGCGACCAACUAAGUUUGUUACUGGUAUGAGCUUUUGUGUGCAUGCACACGACUUCGGACACUGACACUUAAUAGGUACAGUAUGUACACUACCUACUGUAGUUUUAUUUCUGUCACUUAAAUGCUGGGGUUUACCAAAUGUAACGUUUUCAUUCUGGUUGACAGAAAGAGGCCGCGAUCCUAACCUCACUUACCUAGGAGUCAGCUCCAUUGCAUUCAGUAGGAUUUUCUUCUGAAUAGACAUGGUUGGGGCUACAGCUUAGAGCUCUGCAUUCCAGAAAUGGAUGUAUUACAAUUACAUACAGUACUAUAAUUUAUUUUUAGGAGAGAGCAAAUUAUUACACUUUUUUU